UCAUUCAUUCAAUCGUAAACCACAACAGAGAGCCACUAAUUGAUUCACCUCAUCGCAUCGUCGUCAUGUUCAACCACCGAAUCGCCGCCACCACCGCGACCGACCGUGCACUAACUGAUUGUAGCAUGCUAGGUGUUGUUGACACAAUCCUAAGGUGCUCGUUCCCAACCAGAGGCAGAGGGUUCGUUGUACGUACGUAUUGGGGAACUGGUUCAGCUCGUCUUCAGCUAAGCCAUCGCGUACAGUGCCGUUCGUGAUCUUCAAUCGUAAGCAUCAUGGCCCCUUGCGGUCGCUUAUGGACACUUCUGUUCGCCGUGAUUUACUGCCUCGAGGGAAUUGCGUGCGCGCUGGGUCCAACGUUGGGCAGCGGCGAAACGGAACCCGGUUUGGACUAUCAGAAGCUGGUCGCAAAACUGGAGAUAUUGGACACCAAAAUCACCCGCGUGGAAGUUGCAUCGCGAGAGCAGUUCUCCUCGUUGGAGUCGAAGCUUGAUAAAAUCUUGAAGUUGGUCGAUAACAUAAGCCAGUCGGUGCACACCGUGCAGAAAGACAUCGGUGCUGUUAGAGAGGACAUUAAACUAUUCCAAAAUCAUUCGCACGGUCAAUUGCAAGCGCUAACUGGUAGCGCAUCGAUUAUUGAGUCACUUUUAGUGGAAGGUCACCGGCAGAAGCAAGCACAGCCGGUAAGAAGUGAACCGACCACAGUGCGCGCGAUACCAGCCGAGCAAAAACUUUUCGAUAGUUGUGAUGUUGCGCCGAGGAAUGCUUCUCGCAUUGAAAAACUUCUUCCUGAUCUUGGUUUUGGCGAACCAUUUCCGGUGUUCUGCGAUCAGGAGUACGAAUCCGGCGGGUGGAUAGUCAUACAGAAUCGAUUUAACGGUUCGGUGGAUUUCUAUCGUGGUUGGAAAGAAUACAAAAACGGCUUUGGGAAUUUAUAUGGUGAAUUCUGGCUCGGUCUUGACAAAAUACACGCUUUGACCUAUUCGGCGCCAUAUGAAUUGCACGUGCUACUCGAAGACUUCAACAAUUUUACGGUGGUGGCAAAGUAUUCACACUUCGCUGUGGGAAACGAGCAGGAAUCGUUCGCCGUUACGAAGCUGGGCGAGUACAGCGGAACGGCUGGUGAUGGUUUGAGCUACCACAAGGGAUCGAAGUUCUCCACCAUGGAUAUGAACAACGAUGUGCAGGGAAACAAUGGCGCUGUUGAUUGGACUGGAGCGUGGUGGUACAAAAAAGGACAUUACAGCAACUUGAAUGGUCAGUACCUGUUAGGAAAAGUAGAUCACACGAAAUUCCAUGGAAAAGGCAUGACAUGGAAUCCCUUCAGAGGCGACGAUUACUCGUUGAAACGAUCUAGGAUGAUGAUCAAGCGUGUGUUGAAUCAGUGAUAUAUGUUAUAGUAAUUGAUGAAACAGCUAAUCUUCUCAUUUCAAUAAAUUAUACCUAAAAACUUUAUG